AUGGUCAAAGUCGAAAGGGGCCGCGUCAGAAAACAGAUCCGGGACCUGAAACGGUUCAAGGGGAACCAGGUGAAGAUAGGAGGGUCGGGAAUCGCCAAAAACGAGGUGGAAUUGGAGUGUUCCCAGAUGACCCUUCUACUGAAGCUAUACUCUCCAGGAAAACUGCUUCUGAGGUUGAAUGAGGCUUCAAAAAGGCAGAUAAUGGAGCAUUUGCCACGUUUGGUGGAAUUUCCAGAAUUGAACUUUGAAAUCCACCUCUUUUUGGCGACCAUCGCUACCAACUACAUCUGCUCAUGGUACUCCAAGCUAGGCACCGAUAACAACGACUUUAUCGCUGAGGUGUACUGCCACAUGUGUACGAUUGUUGAAGAUGUAGUGCUGAGAUUGACGCGGGCCGUUGAAGGUGACCGUUUUUUGUUCUUGGUGGACGACUUUGCCAGGAUCUUGAAGGACCAUGUUGAGGCAACAGAGGUGGUUGAUGGACAAUUUGCAUUUUUGAGAGAGCAAAAGAACUUGAGGCUCAAUCGGGUUCGUAAGGAAGCGUCCGACGAGGAGUUGGUCGAUGCCUAUUUGGCUUCCCAGCAUGCGAUAUUCGACCCACAGACCACAAUUGAAGCGUCACAGGAACCACGAAACCUUUAUCUACGGGUUCUCACACAUAAGCUUCUUGAAGCGGUCUUCUACGGGCGAAAGGAUAACCCGUUGGAAUCCGGCAUUGUGGAUACGUUCGUGGUAGGCCUUGUGGGCGACUUCAUCUUGGACAAGGCGUUUGAGAAGCUCUCUUCGCCUUCAUUUAUUAUUGGAACCGUGCUUGCGAAAAUUGCUGAAAUCUCCACGGUGGAACCCAAGCCUCAGGCCAAAGAAUCUUUUGUUACUCGUGCCAAAAACAUGUACUCCUCUCUCACAAUCCUAGCGCUGGUCGCUUCGGCUAAGAAGCAGGAGGUGCUACAAACAAAAGAACUGUCUGAAUGGCUGGUUUUUGGUUCCGCCAUUUUUGGUUUUCUAAACUCAAUUUCGUCCUUUCAACGACGCAUUCCCAUCGGCUUAUACGGCAUUGGUAUAGCUCAAGCCAUCUUGCUGUCGCUUACAUCGGUGUCCGCCAAAAUCAACGCAUACUGCUCGCUGAAAUUGCUCAAAUUGGUCUCCAGCAGCCCAAUUCUCGAAGAUCAAAGCAUGGCUGAGAAUUUGAAAAACCUACGCAUGAUGCUCUUCGAGGACCAAAAAGAGAGCAGCGUGCCGCCCCAAACCAAAGAAGUUGCUGAGAAGCUACUUUCAAACGUUCAAACCAUCUUUGCCAACUCUGGUAUCCCGAUUCUGUUGUUCCGCUAUGAUGGAGAGACCGACAAGGAUAUCCAGGCCUGUUUUGUCAAUGCUUUGGCGAGAUUUGAGAGCCAGAAAAUCUGCAACGAUCUUCCUGACUCCAGCAAACUUAAUCAGCUUCUAAUCAUCCAAAUCCUCGACUUGAUAGUUGCCAGAUUAUAUCCCGAAUUGGUAGACCUGGGCACCUAG